AUGUUUAAGCCACAAGACCAUGGUAGAUUUGAGUAUUCAUCUUCCAAAGACUUAAUAGGGAUUAAUUGUAGGACUUUUGAGUAUGGUUUAGCUUUAUUACCUACUACACCUUUGAAACCUUUUGAUGGAAGACCUAAUUUUAAAAUUAUUCCUAAGAGUACUCUAAUUCCAAUUAAUGCAAAUGCUUGUAGAAAGGAAAUAAUUUUUUAUGAAGAUUUAAGUGACAGAAGCAUUUUGUUAUCUAAGUUAUGGGCUGGACCUGCAUACUCAAAUUCAUCACCACUUAGUUCACGGUCGAUACCUAUGUUUUCUGUGAGGCCUAAAAGGAAUGUGUCCCUUGAUCUUCCUGGUUUGUCUCAUGAGAUUAAGUUGCGUGUCAUGGCUAAGUCUGCGCCUUCUUCUCCGACUAGGGAGCGUUUGGAUUUUACUAGGGAACUUUUUGUUAACGUUGAUUCUGCUACUAAGACCUUGUGUCGGAUUCUCAAUCUUAAGGAACAUUGUAAUUCUGUAAUUAAGCAUGUGCAAUGA